GUCAUCUUUAGCGGUGCAGGAGGAGUGGCACCACAACUGCAUACUGAAAUGGACAUCUCGCCAGGAGCGCCGACAACGGCAGGCCCAUCAACGGCUUGAGAGGAUGCUUCACAAGAAGCCAGAUUGGCAGAUGGGAGGCUUAACACGGAUAGCAACUUCAGAUACGAUCGCGACUCCUCCAGACCUCAGCGAGGUGGUGCAACUUACACCGACUCCGACCCCAAAGGUGGCACCUGAAGCCACUUUGACCGAGAGGACCACCGAACACGACUUCCAGGCGUCAAAGGAGGCUCCGCUCGCAGUGGAAGACCGAUGGGUUUGGUACCCAGCGGUAAACCCACCGAACUGGCGUAGAACUUGCUUCCUUCUUCUUGACGACUCGAGCCACUCCAUUCUAGGACGGAUCAUCUCCGGCUUUAUGGUGGCCACAAUCAUGGUGAGCACAGUCUCCUUUGUGAUUGAGACUCUGCCGUUUUUGCAAGAACGACCUACGCUUUGCCAAGAGUUGCUCAGUGCUGGUGAAGAGCUCACGGUGAAAGCCUGCGAGCCGGCACCAUUGCUAAUAUUCUCUACCCUGGAGGCGAUUUGCAUUGCCAUUUUCACAGUUGAGUAUUGUUUGCGACUAGCACUGUGCCACACUGAUCCACGCUAUGGGAGCAGCUUUCUUUCGCGAACGUUCCACUAUGCUAUUCAGCCUUUGAACGUCGUAGACGUCAUUGCUGUCCUUCCAUUCUACCUGAAGCUGGCGCUGGAAUUCAGUGAAAUCGGAGUCUUCGGCAUGCUGAGAUUGAUGCGAGUAUGCCGAUUGCUGAAGCUGGCGAAGCACCAUCAAGGCAUCAUGGUUUGUUGGGAGGCACUUGUAAACAGCGGCAUAACCCUGGCAUUGCUCUUCUUCUAUGAGGUUCUAUUUGGUAUAAUUUUUGCCACUAUUUUGCACACUCUGGAAGGCAGCAAAUACUCCAUAGCUGAAGAAUUCACUGAGCCGUACAUGGACUUGGUGACCGGCAAAAAUAUGCCGCCAAGAUACCCCACAGGUGUGUUUGUGCGACGGAAUUUGUGGGACACUGGAGAUGAGCCGACUCCUUUCUACUCGAUCCCAGCAGCUCUAUGGUGGGUGUUCACAACCACAACAACUGUUGGCUAUGGUGACUUUGCACCAACAACCACCAUGGGUCAAUGCCUGGGUGUUCUUGUUUUCUACUUUGGCAUCAUCCUUUUGGCCUUGCCCAUAGGCGUUGUGAGCCAAAACUUUGAGUGCGCAUAUGAGAGAGCCCACCAGGGCACACGCCGGAGACGAAUGACAUCCCUCAUUUCCGCAAAGACUCGGACAAUGAUGUCUGACGCGCGCCAUGGACAUGUGCUGACCAACCGCCCAGUUGCACCUCACCUGGCUCCGGAGCAGAAGGGAGGAAUAAGCAGAUGGAUAUUCACAGUGAUGAAUGAUCCAAACUCCAGCAUCAUUGCCAUGGGUUUAUCCUACAUCAGCUUCGGUUUGAUCAUCGUGACAACCUUCUCCCUGAUUUUGGAGUCUAUGCCGGUGUUCAACUACACUCCAGCUGGGUGUGGAGCGGUUGAGCUGAGUGUUGAGCUUUGUAAGCCAGAGCCAGACCCUGCCUUUGAAGUAAUAGAAGUCACAGGAAGUGUUUUCUUCACCGUUGAAUAUGCGCUGCGAAUCAUUUUUGCACAUUCUGCGUCAGAAGAAGAGCUGGGAUUGACUGUAGUGGCGGACGCCAAGCCAUUGCCGGGCUGGAAGAAGACUUUGAGGUACGCUUUGCAGCCAUUGAAUGUCAUUGACAUUAUGGCGAUAGUGCCGUUCUACCUCGAGUUCAUUGGCCUUGGAGGUAGUGGCGCAGCUGUGCUGCGGGUGUUACGGCUGGUUCGCAUCUUCCGCGUGCUGAAAUCACCAAAGAUGCGUGCAUGUGUCGACAUGAUUCUUUGCAUUGUCUUGGAGGCCCUCCCGGGGAUCGUCUCAGUCUUCUCGCUGACUUGCUUGGUUUGCAUCAUGUUUGCUGCUUGCAUGUUCUUCGCAGAAGGGACCACGUACUCUGUUGAUCCCAGCAUGGUGGAUUUGACGACGUACCCGAUGGGCACGUACAUUCGGCCAACAAAAGAUGGAAAUGAUUGGGAGCCAACACCUUUCCUGUCCAUUAUGCACACUUUUUGGUGGUUCUUCACAACUGCCACAACUGUGGGCUAUGGCGACUAUGUCCCAACGACGACGGCCGGAAAACUUGUGGCAGUAUUUACCUUUUACCUUGGCAUAGUUUUGGUGGCAAUCAAGCUUACCAUUGUGCAAGGGUCGUUUAGGAGGCACUACCCGGAAUGGCAAAAAUCUCACAGUAUUUAACGUUGCGGCACUUCUUGGGGAAGACGGACAUUCAUUGCAAUGCCCGGAGGCUUAGAGUCUGAAGGACGUGGCAGUCCGAAGGAAUAGACAUGUGCUCAGUGAGAUGUGAAGAGAUCUUUGGAAGUGCAGCAGCCAGCCUGGGCCUGGCUGCGCUCGCUUUUUGUUCAGGAAGCUUUUGUUCCUUUGGCUAGGGUUGCCGACAUGUUCUGGCACGCUGUGCUGCCAUACCCGGCCAUGCCUUGUGAUUGCUACUUACUUCAAC